AUGUCCAAGCGCCUCGAGAUCCCGCCCAACUACGCUACCACGAUGCAGAUGCCUGUCUGGCUCACGGAGUACGAGCCCCUGCGGUCCAACGCGGUGACGACCAUGCAGAUUGGCCACGGCAGUGCCGAACGCGACAUUUCCGCCAUGCUCCUCGCCGACGGCUCGUGGCCGGCCUCCCGGGAGGUCUUUGUCCACACGCUGUCGCAUGCCAACGCUGGUGUCCAAGUGCGGCUCGGGCGUCACGGCCACAUCGAGGUCGCAAUCUGCCGCCACAUCGGCGCCAUGUACUGCCACCUCUCCCGUGUGUACUGGCAGAUUCAAGACGCGUUCGCCGACGCCUCGGACGCCGACCGUCAAGAGCCGGCGGUGACGCAGCCCUUUGUCGGUCUGGUCAAGGAUCAGAUCCAGCCGUUUGAAGCCUGGCCUCGUGGCAAGAUUGCUCAAAUGGUGGCUCCGGACCCCAUCGACGACGUCUCUACCCACCCGAUGGCAAGUGCUGCGCGCACGACGCCGUCGGCGCUGAGCAGCUACCUCCGGCGCGUUCGUCGAACCUGCGGGCUCGCGCCGCCCGUCCAGAGUGACGUGUGGCUGCGCCUUCUGUUCAACAUGCUACCCGUCAACUCGCGCUUCGUCUACCUCCAGCGCCAGCGCCCGGACGCCAUUUGCUGCGCGUACGGCUGCGGUGCCGUCGAAUCGCAACAACACGCGUUCUACGACUGCGAGGUCGUCCACCAAGUGUGGGCGUUCCACGCCGGUGCCUGGCGGCGCUUCGGCGUGACGUUCUCGUGGAACACGCUUUCGGACAUUGAUGCCUUCUCGGUCAACGGCCGUGGCGCCCCGCACAAGGAGGCGCUGCGCGUGCUCUGGUCGCUCCUCACGGCGUCACUGCUCCACCUCAUCUGGAAACAGCACAAUGGUGUGCAGUACGAACACAAGCGCGCGAUUCCGGCCGCCGCGUGGCACGACCUGUCGUUUGUCGGGUGGAUGGCUUCCGUGCGCCACUGGCUGCGCCUUCAAGAUGCCGACUGCCCGAAGCGCGCCGCCGUCCUGGACGUCGUGCGCAUGCUCCACGGCCAGCCUGCGUACCAGCCUCUUGUCGCCAAGUACCCGCUCCUUCUUCGCCUCGGCCCGUCGCUGCGCCCGGCCUAG